AUGGCUGAUGCGGAACUGCAGACUUUCACAUCCAUCAUGGAUGCUCUAGUGCGCAUCAGUACUAAUAUGAAGAGUAUGGAGCGAGAACUGCGAUGCCCGGUGUGUGAGGAGAUCAUGAAGCAGCCCGUUGUGUUACCCUGUUUGCACAGUGUGUGUGUACUGUGUGCAGCUGAGGUGCUGGUGCAGAGGGGCUACCCUCCACCUGAGCUCCCACCUGAACCCAACACGCCCACGUCAAGCCCCAACACCCGCUCACCACGACACGCUCGCAGACCUCCACCCAAAACAGACCGCCUUGAGCGUGUGCUUAAAACAGCAUGUGGGUCGUAUCCAGGACGCAGACGGAAAGACACUCCUCCUUUGAUGAUGUUGUUUCCGUGUCCCACUUGUCGGCGAGACGUGGAGCUCGGGGAGCGCGGCCUGGCGGACUGCCUCCGAAAUCUCACGCUGGAGCGCAUCGUCGAGAGGUACAGACAAACAGUGAGUCUGGGCUGCAUGGCGGUGAUGUGCCAGUUCUGCAAACCCCCUCAGGCUCUGGAGGCCUCUAAAGGAUGUGCAGACUGCCGGGCUAAUUUUUGUAAUGAAUGUUUUAAGCUGUAUCAUCCAUGGGGAACGCCACGUGCCCAACACGAGCAUGUAUUGCCCACACACAGCUUCAGACCCAAGGUGCUGGUGUGUGUUGAGCACGAGCAGGAGAGAAUGCAGUUUUACUGCUGCUCGUGUCAGCGUCUGUUGUGUGCUCUUUGUAAGCUGCGUCGCAUUCACAGUGCACACAAGGUCAUGCCCAUUGCACAUGCCUAUCAAACUUUAAAGGACAAAAUCACAAAGCAGAUGAACUACAUACUGUCCCAUCAGGAGAGAGUGCAGGCCCAAAUCACCCAAGUGGAGAGUGCUAUUGCUCAGACUGAGGUGAACAGUGCUGUGGCUAAAGAGAAACUGAAUCAGUGCGUGAGUGAUUUGCGUGAGGAGCUAUCUGAGCGGCAGCGUGCGCUAACCAAAUCUGUCGAGGAGACACGAGUUAAAAAAUCUGAAGCUCUAAACUCCCAGCUAUCGGAGAAACAGAGUCUUCUGGAAAACGCAGGACUCGUUACCUACACACAGGAGCUACUGAAAGAGAGUGAUCAACCAUGCUUUGUACAGGCUGCCAGAGUCACCCAUAACCGGCUGGUUAAGACCAUAGAGAAGCUUCAGCACUUCUCCCUUUCCUCUGAUCCUUCAUUCUGCCACUUCCACAUGGACAUCGACAGAGAGCUCAAGCUAAUCAGCAGCAUGAACUUUAUUCAAGCUCCACUGGCUCCUGUAAUCGACACUCAAAAGACUCUGGCCUAUGAUCAGCUCUACCUGUGCUGGCGGCUCCCCCAGGACUCUGCCCCCGCCUGGCAUUACUCAGUGGAAUUUCAGAGGAAAGUGGGUGGAGACGGGCCAAUCCUGUGGCAGCGCUUGGAAGAGGUGGGCGGCACGUGUGCGGUGAUUGACAGACUGGAGAUGGACAGCGUUUACGUGCUGAGGGUUAGAGGCUGCAACAAGGCGGGUUUCGGCGAGUACAGCGAGGAGGUGUACCUACACACACCACCUGCACCAGUACUGUCAUUCUGUCUGGACUCUCGCUGGGGACUCCAUGCUGAGCGCGUGGCACUGGGUAAGGGGCAGACAUAUGCCCGCAGCAUUCCCGGCCUCAGCCUGCUGCAGGCUGCCGACCGCGCCCUGACUUCCUGUCAUCUGACUUCUGACCUUCUGGUUGCGGACGUGUCUAUCACACAGGGUCGUCACUACUGGGCAUGCUCAGUGGAGCCUGGUUCCUACCUGGUCAAGAUUGGUGUUGGUCUGGAGGCGAAGCUGCAGGAGUGGUUUCACCUACCACAGGACAUGGCCAGUCCCCGGUACGAUCCUGACAGUGGGCAUGACAGCGGAACCGAGGAUGCCCAUGACUGCCCUCCUCCCUUCUGCUUCCUUACAAUGGGCAUGGGCAAAAUUCUAAUGCCCAAAUCAGGUGCAUCGAAUGGUCCUCUCACCGCUCCUCUUCCCCCUCGUCUCGGCGUAUGUCUGGACUACGAAAAAGGACGUGUCAGUUAUUACGAUGCCCACUCGUUACGAAUGCUGUGGGAGGGAAAUGUUGAUUGCUCUGGCCCUGUUAGCCCUGCUUUCUGCUUCAUUGGUGGUGGAGCUUUGCAGCUUCAGGACCUGAUAGCCAACCGCAGCACAGAGCAGGCUCAGCCAAGAAGAGUAACCAUCCAAACACAAGCUAUCAAUUUCAAUAAGUAAAUCAGUCUUCAAGAAUGCCUGAAUUAACUUGCAAGCACCUUUAAUUGUCUUUUUUUGGGGGUAAAAUUUUAUUUCUGUACUUUUUGGUUGUAUGUUUUAUAUUAUGUAUUUAUUCUCAUGGCUUGCAGACUGAUAUGGUUUUAUAUUAAGGUUUGCGUAUGCAUUAUGCUUAAAUACUGCAGCAUGAAAACA